AUGUUCCCUCAGAAAGCAAAGCUUACUCGUGCUCAUUUACAGAUAGGAGAGGCUAUUGUUGCAGCGGAGAAGUCUCCAUAUUUUUCCCCCAUAUUCAAUGUUGUACUACCAACCCCGCCACCCUCUCCUUCUGCGGAUUUCACGUGGAAUCAUCUCCACGACACCACAUCGAACGUCCAACACGAGACCUACUCACACCUCCCACCUUUGCCUCCAUUAUUCCCUCCCGCCCCAUUUACUCCUUCCCACAUCGUCUUCCGGCAACUCGACUCCCUCGCUUCUGCUCGCUCCCAUGCCAUCCGACAAGCCGCGGACGAUUAUCUAGCUCAGGUGAUCCAAGCCAAAGUUGCCGAAAUCCACGCCGCAGAGGACAUCCUCCGCUCGCAGGUUCAGGCUCUCUGGAUCGAGUUUAAGGAAGGUCUAUCAACGUUUGACAAGGGCGGGAAGGAGAACGACGUAUCAGGGUCAUCACGGAAGGACGGCGCCGGACAGUUACCUCAGAGUGGCGCCGCUAUGAAUACGAUCCCGUCAUCGAACGGAACGGCGAAAUCACCUGUUUCCAUUCCUGACUUCGUGCCAUCGCCAAGCGCCAGGGCACGAGUCGCAUCACCUUCGCUGAGACAGUCAGCUCUAUCCGCGUCCAUGGCCACUUCAUCGUUUCACCAUCCGCGAUAUCAACAGGAAAACGCUGCCACAGCUUCCUCCACAAACGGUGCGCGUUCGACAUCCCAGGUUUCGUCCUCUCGGUCCUCCCCGCCUCGUAAUUCGUUCGAGUCGGCUAAUGGCGUCAGCAACGGUAGCCUUCGGACUUCGUUCAGACGCGACAUGAACGAGGACAAGGACAUCGCGACGAGCUUCAAAUACGUGGUCGACAUAGAAGCUCAGAUGAAGGAAGCGGCUCAGGCUCGUGAUGCUGGGCGCUCCAAGAGUCGUACAGGAGUCGUUCAGUCCCCGACAGAAGCAUCCACUGCGGCCGCGGAUAUCAAGAAUGAGGGAACGGGAGAAGCGAAGACUGUGAACGACAAGACGCCUCCAUCGUCUCCGAAACCGAAACAAUCGAAACCUGAAGUGGAAACGUCUCCUCCGAAGACGAAACGGAAGGUCACAUUCGACAUCAAGGCGGACACGACUCCGCCGAGUAGAAACGGAACCGCCGACGCAAAUCAGGAUGAUGAGGCGAUCAUUUUUGACCUGGAGGACGAAACUGGAGAGAGUCACCAUUCUCGCGAAGACUCCUCGUCGACAGAUGUAUUACCUCUAGUCGAGAACCCGCACGUCCCGCCCAACCGUCCACCAGCAGCAAAGCGUAACUCAAGCGGCGGCGGUCCAGGUCUACCCCAAUCAUUCUCUCUUCUCCGACCGUCAUCAUUGCCUGCUCCCUCUGCCCUUCGUGCUUCUCCCUCUACGUCACUAUCACAAGAUAUCCAGCCAGGAUCAGAACGGAAGGAUUCAAGCUCGAGCGCAACGUCAGUAUACGACGACCAACCGCUCAGUCCUAGGGAGGAGGAGAUCUCGAGACUUGUGGCGGCUGGUACGCCAAGUCAUAGGAGUGCAUGGAGAAGGGACGGCAAAGCUUGGGAAUUGUUCGGUAGUCGAUCGGGUGGAAAACCGAGAUUUAUUGGUAGUCCGCCGGCUCAGGUUGAUGAGGAUGAUGAGGAUGAUGAGGGCACCGAGGAGGGUGAUUCUGUGGUUUCGGCUCGUCAACGUCCAUCGAGUGGGGUCGCGAUGCCACUGCCUAACUCAGAAGCAACGCACUGGUCACAGACCCUAGCCAAAUCCCUCCCUAUGGUCAUAAGUCCACUCUCCAAAUCUAUCUCACGAGAACCCAAGACAUCCUACACAGACCGCUACGGAGUCCUCGUCCCACCCCUCCGUCCAAGCUCCUCCGUCGCACAACGUAAAGCACAAUACGCAGAACGCGAUCGUAGCAGGCCUAUGGAUCCCGGUGCCCUCGACUUCAUCGAGCUGGGCGUAGGGGAUGAUGACGAGUUGGGCUCGUCCUUAGGGUCGGAUGCGGAGAUUGAGGGGAUGCGGGGAGGAGCGGGGGUGUCGGUGAACACGGGGAGACAGAGGGCGUUGAAGAUCUUGCAGGCGAGGAGCAGGUUACCUUCGGAUGGUAUGUGGCGUAGUUUGGCUGCAUGA